AUGGGUCAAACUUGGAACUUCUUCAACCUCGAUAAAAUGGAGUGGGCGCACCCGGAGGGUAAGUAUAAGCUCGGGUGUAUCAUUUACGCAAAACAAGCGUUCCUCGUGCGCAGUUUAGCUAUUCCAUAUCCUGUGCCCGAGCUCGCAGGAUACCUCGCAAACGCUCCCCCGCCUGGCCCCGUCGCGAAGAAAGGUCUGCUUUCCCUUCCGGACGAAAUUCUCGACGACAUUCUUUAUUGCUCCGGCCUCAGCGACGCAUUCGACAGCGUGUGCCUUGCCAUAACGUGCAAGAAGCUACUCACGAUUGCCCAAGGGCGCGUACUCAGGGAGGCGCGCGAUUAUUCCUCCGCUGGCUGGGCAAUGGAUCGGAUUGUGUGCCUCGGAGACUACGUGGACCUGGACAACGUCCCGGAAGGUCUGUUAUCCCCCGCUCAGAAGUCAUACAUCGUCGAGCAGGCCGAAGCAAGGGGCUGGGGUCUCGACGAACUUGGCUACGCAGGACUCGCAGACAUCGGCACUUACGCGCAGCAAUAUCGCGGCCUGUACUACGAGAGCGUGGACUUCGUGAUGACGCUGCCCAUGCCGGACCGCCGCCUGUUCGUCGCUGCGCUUGCCAUGACGUUCCCCGCGCGCGACGACUGGGCGCUGUGCAACCAUUCGAAGCACGAGUUCGUCCGCGCGGGUGCGCUCGCGGAGCUGAGCGGCCAGCCGGGCGCUGCGCAGCCGUUCUUGCAGACCUGCGAGGCUGACCUCGGCACGGCGCUCUUUACGCGGUUCUGUUACUCGCCGGAUCCCAGCACUGCGCUGCCUAAUACGUCGGUGAAGAUUCAUGAGGGGAAGUGGGUCGGGGACCGGAUCUCCAUCGACACGAUCGAGCGGGUGAAACAGCGCCAACCGCAGCAGGAGUGGACGGACGUGACGGACGAGGUCGUUGCGGACAUCGAGGCCAUCUACCGGGACGAGUACGACGAGGACUGGGAGGAGCGGCUCACGAAACCACACGCUCCGCGUUCUUUCGAGUCCUUUUAUUUCUGGCACGACGAUGCGGACAAAGUGGCUGCGAUGUUACCAAGCCCGGAGGAACUGAGGCGGCGCGAACUCCGGCGGGAAGAAGCUCGUGUGCGUGCUGAAGAGUACACUCGAAUGCUCCGCGGGCUUGAGUCGGACUCAGACUGA